GGAGGAUGGACUGACUGAGGCGCUGAGGCGCUGAGGCGGCGGCGGCCGGGCGGGUCAUGGCCUCCUUGUUCCCGGCCAACGGGGCGGCGGGCGAGUGGGGAGGCGGCGGCGGCGGCGGCGACGACCCCAGCUCGGCGGAGGAGGGUGAGGGCGGCCGGGCGGCGGCGGCGGGGCUGAGGGAGUCCCCGGUCUCCGACUCCGGGAGCCGCUCGUCGUCGCCUCCGCCGAUGGAGCAGUUCGAGCGGGCGGCGCAGCGGGUGCCGGCGCUGGCGGGGUCGGCCAGCCGGGAGCAGCUGCUCUACCUGUACGCCAGGUACAAGCAGGUCAAAUGUGGUAGCUGCAACACUCCCAAACCUGGGUUUUUCGACUUUGAAGGAAAGCAGAAAUGGGAAGCUUGGAAAGCAUUGGGUGAUACAAGUCCAGAGCAGGCUAUUCGAGAGUAUGUCGCUACUGUGAAGAAACUGGACCCCACUUGGAAUCCACAGAUAGCAGAAAAGAAAGGAAAGGAGGGGAAAAGCGGGUUUGGAGGCCCAGUUGUCAGCUCACUGUAUCAAGAAGAAACCAUCAGGGAAGAAGAUAAGAACAUAUUUGACUACUGCAGAGAAAACAACAUUGACCAUGUAACCAAAGCCAUCCGAUCAAAAAAAGUGGAUGUGAAUACGAAAGAUGAGAAGGGCAGAGCUCUGCUGCACUGGGCAUGCGACAGAGGACACAAGGAACUCGCCUCAGUACUGCUGCAACACACUGCGGAUGUUAACAGCCAGCUUCCACACACUGGGCCAGCAUCUUCAUCAAGCUAUCUACUCCAGCACCAAGGAUUCAUUCCUGGUCAAUCACUACUAAUGAGCAUAUAUGUGAAAUUAAGAUUUGUUUUGGCCUGACAUGCAUAACUUUACACUUGUUUACAUUGAAUUGCAUUUGCCAUUUUACCACCCGU